GUCACACCUCCCCAGCGAGGGCGCGCAAGAGCGCUGUGCUGGAAUGCGCGUGAAUUUCGCGUACUUCCUCGACAGAUGUGAGAGUCUGGAAAUAACUUCUCUCGAAUCUUGUUUAUACGACAACGUCGCAAGACAACGAGCGAGCACCGCUGCUGGUUGAGCAUGUCUGCUCAGACUGUGUAUCCAGCCACUGCUGGUCUCUUCAUGCCUGUUGGCAUCCCAUUACCAGAGGUCGGCCAUGAGCUUCCCGAUCUGCCUCGGAACGAUGUGACUGCCCCUCAGCUAGUGAUGCUCGCUAAUGUGGUGGUAUCCUCAGAGGCGGCUUCCUCAGACUACAAUGCAGAAGAGAAACAAAUGGUCGAACUCAAGACCGUUGGAUGCAACAACUACUCUGACAGCGAGGAAGAAGGUGUUAUCAGAUACAGCCUUGACAACUCUGAGAUAUCUGAGGGCGCAUACGCUGAACAUGCCACUCGGGUUGAGCCAGAGUCGACAGAAAGUGAAAUAGAGCAGAUUGAAAUAGAGCGAGUGGAAGACCUCUCCAAACCAUCUGAAUCCUCACCAGCAGAAAAACGUAAGCGCACCCCAGUUGUCAUCUUCCAAUCCAACAAAAAGAAGAAGAAGCCCUUCUUUUGUAAACCCUGCCAAUAUCAGGCUGAGAACGAGGAGGAAUUCAUUCACCAUAUUCGUGUUCACAGUGCCAAGAAAAUGACAGUGGUAAAUGGUGCAGCUGACUCUGACGACGAUCUGGCCAGUGAGUCAGGCCAAUCUCAGAACGCGAACACAGAGAAUAAUGAAGGUUUGGCUAACUCCAAAGGUGUGAUCCGCUGUGAGCGCUGUGGAUACAACACCAACCGUUACGACCACUACAUGGCUCACCUUAAACAUCAUACUAAGGAGGGUGAAGAUCAGAGAGUAUUCAAGUGCACCAUUUGUGCUUAUACCACCAUCAGUCAGUAUCACUGGAAGAAACAUCUGAGGAAUCAUUUUCCCAGCAAGCUUUUCACUUGCAACCAGUGCUCAUAUUUUUCUGACCGCAAAAAUAACUACAUACAGCACAUUCGGACCCACACUGGUGAGCGUCCGUUCCAGUGCAUAUAUUGUGACUACUCCAGCUCCCAGAAAACUCAUCUUACCAGACACAUGCGAACCCAUUCAGGUGAGAGGCCUUUCAAAUGUGACAACUGCAGCUACCUGGCAGCCAACCAGCAUGAAGUGACCCGCCAUGCCAGACAGGUCCACAAUGGACCCAAGCCCCUAAGCUGUCCUUACUGUCAAUACAAGACAGCUGACCGAAGCAACUUUAAAAAGCAUGUUGAGCUCCAUGUCAACCCUCGCCAGUUUCUUUGCCCGGUUUGCAAAUAUGCUGCAUCCAAGAAGUGCAAUUUGCAGUAUCACAUCAAGUCCAGACACCCAGGAUGCACUGAUAUCUCGAUGGAUGUAUCAAAGGUAAGGCUUCGUGUGAAAAGGACUGACAUGGAUGACAUUUCACUAAAUAAGCUUGAAACAGACCAUUCUGGAUCGAGGAGAUGUGAGGACAAACAGUUGGGAGAAUUGGAUGAUGUUGAAUCAGGUCCGAUCAACCUCUCCAUUAAGAAACCCAAUAAACCCACCCCUGUUAUGGAGACUGAACUGACUUACAAGACUGUAAAGAAAAACCCAGAUGUCAUUGUGAAAGAAAAAUCUGGAAAGCCAACACAGCAACUCAAAGAAAAAUCUGCAGAGAAAAAAAACAAUGUGAAGAAUGAGGAAAAAGAGAAAAAACGUAAGAAGGUUAAAGGAAAGACUUUGGGGAAAGUUGUGGAAAUCGCCGUGGCGCAAACAGAUGGUUGCAAUGACAAACAAGCUACUAAAAAGGAAAUGAAGAAGGUAGAGAAAUCUCCUAAAUCUGUUGAGAAAGUAGUGAAAGGUCGUCCUAAGAAAGAGAAGCCAUUGAAGGAGACCGCCAAUGAAGUUAUUGUGAAAAAUCAACCCAUUGUUGAGGAGCAAAGGUUAGAUUUGGAUAAAGAAAGAGCAGAGAAAGACUCUCUAAUUAAACCGCAAAAUGAGAAAGAGGAAAGAGAGCUGUUAGAAAAGAAAAACAGAAUGUUGAAUGAGAAAACAACGGCGACUACAGAGAAAGAAAGUGCAAAGGAUAGCAAGAAAUCUCAACCCAAGAAACCAAGCAAGAGGCAGACAAAAUUGUCAAAGGUCAACAGGGAAAAAGAUACCCAGAGUACAGAAGCAGUGCAAGAGGUCAGGACUAAACCUGUCAAAAGAAAAGCUGAGAACAUGAACGUACCAGCCACUGAUUCUUCAGAACCAAAUUGUCCCUCAAUGUGUGUCAAGCGCACAACGAAAAAUACAGCCAAGCCAUCAACAAGUUCUGGAGCUCCAGAGAGAAAUCACACCAUACCUGAGGUUCUACAGGCAAUGAAGAGAAAAGCCAAGAAUGCUGAGGUGUGUGCAAGCAAACCUGAGACUUGUGUCAUUGAACCUGAGAACACCAAUGAAGUCCCAGAGAAGCUAAGCACUCUAGAAGCUGAAAAACAGCCCACCACCGUAACACUGGAGGUACUUGUCCAACCAGAUGAGCAGACACCUACAGUAGUGACCUGCCAAGAUGAGAGGAAUCACAUGGAGUCUGCUUCUGUUGUGGAGGAACUCACAGUUCCAUGCCAACCCCAAGAUCCAGACUCUGAACAACCUAAAGGAAUUGAAAACAAGGUCUCACACGAGAAAGAAAAGGCAAAAGAAAUUCCAGAUGUAGACAGUGGAAGUGAGAUGCCUUCACCUACUGACAGCGAGACAUCUCCGGGUUUCAGCCAACAGCAGCCUGUUUUCAGUCCAACUCUUGAACUUCCCGGUCCACCUGGUCACAAAUCCACUGAUGCAGAGGAUGACGAAGGUAUCCACAGUAACGAUGGGGGAAGUGACAUCAGCGAUAGCGCCUCUGAAGGAAGCUACGACUCUGGUCUUAACGUACUGGCUGCUGCCACCGAGGGUGGAGAGAAACUUCCAGGGACUCCGACAGAAGAGCUUCCAUCUCCAACCAAACUACUCAGUCACACGUGUAUCUUCUGUGACCGUACCUUCUCUUUGGAGAUGGACUACCGUCGCCACUUGAACCGGCAUUUAGUAAAUGUGUAUUACCUAGAGGGGGCGGCUCAGAGUAAUAAGUGAGGGGUAUCUUUUAUGGAAAGGGCAACUUUUUUGUGUUCAAAGCAGUUUAUGAGGUUCUCCUAGACUUGGAACUGAACAAACCUUGUUCACUUUGUAAUAAAAAUCAGGUUCUUGAUGGCUUUACAGCUCAUGAUAGAUGUUCUAGAUUUUAGCUUGCCAUGACACAACAUGAAACAUCGACUAGUUGAUUUCUUAGCCCAGUAUUCUUUCAAUUCAGAAAUGAAAUCCAUUAUCAACUUGUGGUUGUAUCCUAUUUUUGAACCCAAACUAACUGAAUCACGUGCUCCAUGACAAAAGGAUCAUCAGGUUUUUCUUGUUUAUAUUGAUACACUACUCGGAAGCAACAAAAAGGAGAACUGCUCUGAAAGCAAGUACACUCUCUCCCUCCAUCCCUGCAGAGAGCUCAGAUUAGCCAGACCCAGGUGGUCGAGUGCUGAAUAGCCCUGAAGAUAAUGGGGCUUUCAAUGACAUUGUGCUGUUCCACUCCUCUGAAGCUCCUCCAUCUCUGGUCAGCAAGAGACAGAAAGUGUGUUUAAAUCUGGCUAAUGUCAUUGUUUUCAACUGUUUCUUUGUUCCCUUUUACAGUUUAGAGAGCACUUGACAACUAACCAUAUUUUUACCUUUGAGGCUCUGUUUCACAUAAGCUAAACAUUUCAUUUUAACAGAAAAAGAUUUCUCUACACUUCCUAAAGGUCUUUCUUUGAUUAAGCUUGCUCUGCCUUUUAAGGAAAGUAGCGAGUAGUUUGCACAAUAGUAGGUUCUUUCUUUCUCAUUGUAAAUUUGCUUUCAAAGUUGUUUUUUUACACUUGCAUUGUAACUCUCACUUCUAGAGUUUGUAGGUAAUUUUAUCUGUCAAUUUUCUGGUAAUAUUUCUAUUUCAUGCUCAGUCCAAAGAUUUUUGUAUAUACACUGUUCAUAUUUUUAUUUUUUAUUUGCUCUUCAGUGCCUUGGACAAUCAAUUUGAGCAUUUAAAUUAAAUUCUCAGAUAUUUAGAUCUCAUUUACCUUCAAAUGAAAGAAUGGCUAGUCUUCUCUGUGUGUUUUACCCAAUCAACAUUUCACUUAUCAAAUUGGCUAUUGAGAUCACAAAUAUGUUUAUUUAGAGUUUAACUCAUCAUAUUGAACUGGCGUUUGUGAAUGUGUUGUUGCCACAACCCUUGUAUGUCAGUAAAUAUGGAAAGAAAUACUGUAAGUGAAUUUUACAGAAAUUAAUUGCCUUUAGUGCAUUAUGUGCAAUAUUAAACUUUUGGAAAUAUCACCAAAGCUGUAGUUUUUUGAGGUUGUAGGGGCAAACCUCCAGGCCUCAGAUGGAAAAUUAGAAAACAUACUAUCCACAGGUGCCCCAGUACCCCUUAAAAACUGCCAUUUUGGAUGGUUGGAUACUUUAUAUACUGUAAAUUUCCUUUAUCACUCUUUUUGUGUUAAGCACUGCUUUUUUUGCUUUUCUUCUUUCUCGUAUUUUGCCAUUUAUCAGUCUUUGUAUGUAAUCAAGUGUUUUCCAAUCCUUAGUAAAAGUAGUCAAUUUUAUUAGUUGAAAUGUUAUGUUGUAUCUUGAUUUGACUUUUUUUUAUGAAAGAUCUGAAAAAGUUUACUAUGUGACCUAUAUGUUUAGCAGAAGAAUUUUCAAUAAAAAAAAA